UUCGUAAAUGCAUAGUUGACAUGUUUUUGUGUGUCACAGAUUCUGAUUGGUUUAAUGGUUGGUUGGGGACUGUCGGCUGUUCUGACAAAAACGGGCGUGUUGACAGACGAUCCAUCCAAAGCUGAAUACAUGGCCAGGACGGACGCACGAGCGGACAUCAUCACAAACGCCAACUGGUUUAAAGUCCCCUACCCAAAUCAGUUUGGAUCACCGACAUUUAAUACUGGGGUGUUUAUUGCUUUUUUCAUCGGAACUCUUAACUCCAUUCUCGAUUCCAUCGGUGAUUACUACGCUUGCGCAAGAACUUGUAACGUGCCUCCUCCGCCUCGAUAUGCCGUCAAUCGAGCUAUUGCUGUGGAAGGCAUUGGAAGUGCCUUAUCAGGGAUUUUAGGGUGUGGCCACGCUACUACCACUUACGGGGGCAAUAUUGGUGUGAUAGGACUCACAAAGGUCGCAAGUCGGGAUGUUUUACUGUGGACGGCAUUCAUCUACAUAGUUUUCGGCCUCGUUGGGAAAGUUUCAGCACUUUUCAUAACAAUACCACUUCCGGUCCUAGGUGGCGCUAUGAUCGUCAUGUUCGGAAUGUUUAAUGGUAUCGUCCUAUCCAAUCUCCAAGUGGUAUCCCUUUCAUCUACUCGGAACCUCGCUGUCAUCGGAACCUCUCUUCUUACAGGUCUGAUGGUUCCCUACUGGCUGGAGAACUAUCCGGAUGAUCUGAAAACAGGCAAUGUUUAUAGAGACAAAGUAUUGAUGACACUACUUUCCAACCCUAUCAUAUGUGGAGGCGUCUUGGCAGUGUUUCUUGAUAACACUGUUCCUGGAACGGCCAGAGAGCGAGGGAUCACAGCUUGGCAGGAGCCUGAAAAGUGUGGACAAUCUCGGACUUAUAGUGAGGGAUUAGAAAUGUACGCUCCCCUUCUACCCGCACGCUGGCUCUCGUGGAGGGUAAUGAAGUACUUACCUUUCUGUCAGUAUAAGGCUCAGGAGAAGGACAAAGAUACAUCACUACACGGUCAGGAAGAGCAAACGGUAUAGGUUAGUGGCUGAAUAGGGCAAAGUUACGUUCAUCCGAAUUAAAUAUUGAUGUGGUUCCAUCCAAUGUUCUGUCUGUUAAUUAAUUGCAAAACUUCUUCUUAAGCUUCUUACAUGGUCACACAAAUGUUACAAAAAUGUCCAAUAUUUCAGUAUACAACACUGUUGUAAAAAUGAAUCGUACAUCAUUUUGGACAAACUGAAAUGGCGAGUGGUGAAUUCAAAUAAAAACUAGCCAAACACAAUGUUAACGAAAUAAUGCCAGCAAAUAAGUUGUAGUCGGUGGACUACAGUGCCUAUUUCCAGAGACACUUGGUGUUGGCGUAGUUCCGAGUAUGGAAAUGUUGCGUGGAAAAGAGUAGAGUAAUGCAGUUGUGGUUGCACAACACAUGACAAAAUGAUGUAAUAAA